AUGGUCACUAUGUCAAUUGAAAACAAUUCAAUUGUUGGCAACUCUUCGGCGAAACCAUUGAUAUCCAUAAGCCAUUCGAUGAUUGACAACAACAUCGGAUCAAUUGGUGAUCCAAACCAGUCGUCAAUUGCAACCCAAUUGACUUCAGAGCCGAAAAAAUUGCCAAAAAAGCGAAAGUUUGCCAUUGAUUUCAAUGAAGACUUUAAUGACAAUAACAGCGAUAAUAAUAACAAUAAUCAAAACCAAAGCAUUCAUGAAAACUAUGAUAACAACAAUAAUAACCACUUGAAUGCAAUGGCGAAGUCGACUAACGCUAUGGCCAGUAAUGGUGUGAAUAGUUAUGUGUGUGGAAUGGAUAGCGAUCUGUCGGAAUGGAUUGGACACCGAGUGUUGGCCAAAACAGACAGAGGUCUGUACGAGAAGGGAGUGAUCGACGACUGCCAUCACCACAAAGGCAUUGGCGUACUAAUCGAUCUGUCGGAAUGGAUUGGACACCGAGUGUUGGCCAAAACAGACAGAGGUCUGUACGAGAAGGGAGUGAUCGACGACUGCCAUCACCACAAAGGCAUUGGCGUCCUCUUCGACCGAACAAAUCAUAUUCAAUACUAUUCGACCAGUUCUACCGAUUUGGUGGCCGAUUGCUGUCCAUUGGCCGCACAGAUCAAAGUGGGAAUGGAUGUGAUCGCCAAAUGUCUCAAUGGCUUCAUGGAGGGAACGGUGGCCGACAUCUCAAUGGACAACAGCAACGGCACGAUCAACGGCCAGAAGACCGUCUAUCAGAUCCGCUUCAACGACGAGAAUAAGUGCGAAUGGCUUUCCAGACCUAAUCUUAGGCUUCGAGUCCAACCGUGGAGUGAAGACGUGGACAAUGAGUGCGCGGAAGCGACCGAUAAUACGGCUGUAAUAAACCACGGCUUGAAUUCAUGUGUGAAUACAUACGAUAGCAAAAUAGUGGCGCCAAUCGGUGGCCAAUCACAGCAGCCGAUGAAUUCACCGAAUGUGAUAAGUGUUAUAACGAUGGCAUCUCUCGCACAACAGCCACCCAUUCCUCCGCCCCCUUCACAGCCACAGCAGCCGCCGCUUCAGAGCCCGCUUUCGCCACACCUGUCGAGAUCAGUGCCAGUGAUGGCUCAGUACUCUCUCGGCUCCAACACCACCGAUGAUGAGCAGGAAUUCUCCGACGCCGACGAAGACGACGAGAUCUGCCACUUCUCGAACAGCAGUACUCCGACGACACCCAAUGUCUUCACAUUCAAACACUGUUCAGCGCCGACAACGCCGACAGUUCUCUCGCAAUCUGCGUCCGGACACCAUAUGAGCGGUCAGUCGGGAGGCGUUGUCACCACUCCUAACAAGUAUAAGAAGGGAGACAUAGUGUCGGCUCCCAAUGGGAUCCGCAAGAAGUUUAACGGCAAACAAUGGCGACGAUUGUGUUCGCGCGACGGCUGUACCAAAGAGUCGCAGAGACGGGGCUUCUGUUCCCGACAUCUCUCUAUGAAAACAACUCCACAACAGAAUCACUCAAAUAUGACUCAAUCGGCGUCUAAUAUGGUGUUCAACACGACGUCCAAAGUGUCGCCAAUAAACCACUCGACCGGACGUGUGAUAGCGUUGGAGUCGCGCGACUCGAACCACAUUCUGAACGCCAUUUCCGGUGAAUCUCUUGGAUCACACGCACCGCCGCCGCCACUAAUGACAGCCAAUCAGCAACAGUUCGAUACGACAGAAGCGGCCAAUAUGUUGAUGUCGUUAAGCCAUUCGCCGAACGCACUGACCAAUGGACAGCAUAACAGUGUUAUUGUUAACAACACGAGUCACCCGAUGUCUCAUAAAGUUGUCACUCAUUCGCCACAAUCACAUCCAUUGCCAUUGAUAUCACAAUAUAAUAGCUAUGAAUCAAACAACACCAACAAGUCGUCUGCCGGACGAUAUCAUAUCAUAACACCGGCCACUCAUUUGCUGCCUAUCUUUCAGCCGACGUCCGCACCCGCUCUCAGGACAAAGAGCGACUCAUCCGUUCAUCGAUCGCUUAAUGGACACCAAAACGAAGUUAUUUUCAUGACUCCCGUCACGGCUGAAGCAAAACAGUCGCAAAUGCAUCCAUCGGUGACUACAAACGCCUCAUCCGAUGGCAAACCAAUUCCAGUGUUUCCGUGGCAUUCAUUGGUGCCAUUCCUGACCACUACUACACCAUCGAUCACAUCGGGACUGACGUCGCCUCCACUCUCAGCGCCGCCUCAUUUCGCAGACACCGAUAAUUCCGAUAACGACGACGUGUUUGAGAUUUCGGUCACAACUGAUAAAAAUAAUUGCGAAUCCAAAGAGUAUUCACAAAAUGUCUCGACUUAUAACAAGAGAAGGAGUCAAUCGUUGAGCGCUUUGCAGCAAAUGAAGAAUUCGGGUCCCAAAGAGUAUAAAGAAAAAGGUCUGAAAGGUUCGGCUAAACAACACAUUCGGCGCCCAAUGAACGCAUUUAUGAUAUUCUCGAAAAGACAUCGAGCGCUUGUCCAUCAAAGACACCCCAACUCUGACAACAGGACUGUAAGCAAGAUCUUAGGCGAGUGGUGGUACUCCUUGGGUCACGAGGAGAAGCAAAAGUACCACGACUUGGCCUUUCAGGUGAAAGAGGCUCACUUUAAACGUCAUCCCGACUGGAAGUGGUGCUCCAGAGGAGGCGCACAACAGCCCCCGAAUAUGAUGGCCAACGGCAGCGGCACUGGUCUCGAGCCAAACGGCGAUAAGAAAAUGCCUAAAAUUACUGCUAUUAAAAAAUCAAAGUCUUUUAGCGAAGAGUCGGAUAAAUUGAUUAACGUUUGCGACGACUUUUCCGGCAUAUCAUCGGACGAAGAGGAGGACGACGGACCCACUGAUAUGGUCAUCGAUCUCAAGUGCAAGGAGUCUGUGGCCGUCGAAGACGAGUCCUCUGAAACCGAACAGACGGUCGAUAAUCAACAGAAACAUUGCGUUCGAUUCAGUUCUCCGAUAUCGAUGUCAAUUGAGUCCUCGCCUAAGAUUACGGAAUCUGUGGCCACACCUAAACCUAUUAGAUCUCAAUCUUUGAAUAGUCCGCCGAAUUCUGCCAAACCUUUUAGUGGAUUAACAGCUUUUCAGCCGAAAGGCGCUGUGUUUAAAGACGUCGGCCCUCUUUGCGCUGCUCUACCAGUGGUCACAACUAUAGACAGUAUGACAGCCAAUGCCGACACUCCACUGGACGCGUCGUGUGGAUUAGUGGUCCAGAAAUUAAGCCGCGGUUCACUGCCCUCACCGCUAAUCAUACCAGUAAUCAGUCAAACCACUGCUCCCAUGUCUUCACUGUCGCCACAAACAGCUCUCUUCACUACUUCUCCCUCUCUUAUGAUGAAUAAGACCACAAAUUCACAACAAUUACUGACCACUAACUCCUCGGCCGCGUAUAUGACCGGUAAAUAUAAAAAUAUGGUGAAAACGCCGUCAUCACCGCAAACACAGCUGAUGGCAGGUCUGUCAACACUGACAACACUCGCACAACAAAGAUCUCCAGUAAUUGUCGCACAACAGCCCCAAAGGCUGUCAUCAAACGAGUCACAGCCGCCGACCACUACACCCGUCACACAAACCACAUCUGAGCCCCAGUUUUACAAAACAGUUAUGAAUUUUAAGAGUGGAAACCUGUCGAUGACAACACCUCCCACUCCUUUAAUGAUACCGACUGUAAAAGUAGAGCCGCCGCCCAAUUCGCCACUCAAUACCGGUCCCACUGAUGACAAUAAGCCAAAGGCGGCCCAAAGUGUAGGUAAUUCUGGCGGCGAAACGACAUUUGUUUUGGCGCCGACUCCGGCACAGCUCGGGAAGACCCGUAACAAAAAGGCGCCGAACGGCGAAUCGACCACUAAUGACAGCGACAAUAAGGACUCGCCAACCAAUGAUAGGGACGCUAUGGAUCGGGUGCUCGAAGAAGUGAACUUUGAGCGACAAUUUGCUCAAUUGCCUGAAUUCAAGCCAAUGCGUACACCACUGAUGAACAGCGCGUCCGCCACUCCCACCACUCCUAUCCCUCUCUCACCGAGUCUUACGGCAGCGUUUGUCAGCUCUUACCGCAAACGGCAGCGAUUGAGUCACUCAUCUCAACCCUCCAAUACUCCAUUGAGUGCAGCGCCCAAAACACCCGAAACGGCGGCCACAACAACGCCCGAUACGGCCACCUCUGGCAACACCUUCUUCGGGCCGACUUUCAAUUUGGGUGAAGCGCUCGCGUCGACCAACACUGAAGCGGACGUCCCCUCACCCCAAACGCCCGCAGGUGCCGAAGCAGAGAAGAGUUCAUCGCUUCGAAGAACUUUGGAUCAGAGGAGACAAUUAGUGAUGCAUUUCUUCAAUGAAAAGGGUCUCUUUCCUUCCGCUCAGGAAACGGCAGAAUUUCAGAUGAAAUACUCGUCAAUAUUUCCGAAUAAAAACACAUUACAGCUUAAGAUACGAGAAGUGCGCCAGAAGUUGAUGUCCACUACACCGACGACACCCAACUCUGCGCUCAAUCCGACCGGCGAUCGACAGUAUACUCCUGGAGCCGUCGCCGCCGACCAGUACUCCUCUGGUCAACACUCGGACGACUCGAACGCUGGUCGACAAUAAUCAGACGUCGGCUCAAAUAAAUAGAUCGUUAAAAAUCAUUCAUUUGAAUAAAAGCAAUGAAUUAAUUAUUAUUAAAAAACAUAAAUCCGUUAAAACUGAUUAUUUUCGAUGUUUUUGUGUUAAAUAUAUUGACUAAUAAUUG